ACGAUAAAUUGAAAUCUGAGGCUUUCAAUGAUUUCUUUGUCAAUAUCGGGGCAAAACUUGCAGCUGAAAUUGAAGAUAAUUCCCUCAACACAAAUUCUUUUGCUCGCGGAGAUUCUAGGCCUACUACCGACUCCAAUCUUUUUUUCAAAAUUUCUGAAAUUAACGAGGACGAAGUAAUAUAUCAAUUGCGUAGUCUCAAAAUUUCAAAAUCCACAGGAAUAGAUAACAUCCCUGCUAAAGCCCUUAAAAUAUCCGCGGACAUUGUUGGUCCGCCAUUAACUUGGAUAUUCAACCUUUCGAUCAAAAAGGAGAAUAUGUGGAUGAAUGGAAAAAAGCCUGGGUUACACCCAUUUAUAAAUCUGAUGACAGGUUGA